UGUGGUAAGUUGUUGCUUGCUCCAACACUCCACUCCCCAGAGUCUACUCUGCCGCCGUGAGCCGUGAGCUUUAUUUUGCAGAUAAGGCGCCAACAAUUUAACUUCAUUGCUUACUUCAUUUACGUUAAACAAAACAAAAAUGUCGCAGACGUGCGUUUCCACAUCGGCCUCGUCUCUCAGAUUCAACUCCCUUGGCUUCGUCCCAAACCCUAGCUCUUCUCCCCAACCACAGGCCCUCUCUCUCCCCUUCCAACGCUUACCUUCAAGGAAAUUGAAUAAGUUAGUUGGGAAGAGCAAAAAUCUCCAAAGUUCUCCAGUGAAAGCUAUUUACUCUGGUGAACAUUGGGCACCGGAAAGGAGUUCUCGUCAAGGAAUUUGGUCCAUAAGGGAGGAUGUGCAAGUUCCAUCUUCUCCAUACUUUCCAGCAUAUGCACAGGGACAGGGCCCACCCCCUAUGGUGCAAGAACGCUUUCAGAGUGUUAUUAGUCAGCUUUUCCAGCAUAGAAUAAUACGUUGUGGGGGAGCUGUUGAUGAUGAUAUGGCAAACAUAAUUGUUGCUCAACUUCUUUACCUUGAUGCUGUUGAUCCUAAGAAGGACAUUGUCAUGUAUGUAAAUUCACCAGGAGGAUCUGUUACUGCUGGUAUGGCCAUUUUUGACACUAUGAGGCAUAUCCGACCUGAUGUCUCCACUGUAUGUGUUGGGCUUGCAGCUAGCAUGGGGGCUUUCCUGCUUAGCGCUGGUACCAAAGGAAAAAGGUACAGCUUGCCAAAUUCGAGGAUAAUGAUCCAUCAGCCUCUUGGUGGAGCUCAAGGUGGGCAAACUGACAUAGAUAUUCAGGCAAAUGAGAUGCUGCAUCAUAAGGCAAACUUGAAUGGUUAUCUCUCCUACCACACUGGUCAAAGUCUUGAAAAGAUCAACCAAGACACAGAUCGUGAUUUCUUCAUGAGUGCGAAGGAGGCCGAAGAUUAUGGGCUUAUAGAUGGUGUGAUAUCGAAUCCUCUCAAAGCUUUCCAACCUUUGGCAGCCGCAACAGCAAGUGAAGAUGAAUCAGCCAAGCAAACUGUUGCGGAAAGUAAAGGUGAAUAGAGUGUCUGAACUUCUCCAGGUGUGGCAAGUACCGACAGGGCUAUGUUGUAGAGUUAUAUGGGAAGGAGAGUGACAUUUACGGAGUUCGUUUUUAAUGCUGAAUGAUGUUAAUAUCCGUCAAUCAGUGAAGAGAAA